CUGGCUGGACCAAACCGAACAAGUGUAACUUGAAACUAGUGUAAAGUGCAACCAUUUUGUUAUAAAAAUCGUAAAUAAUAUAUAAAUGAUGGCGUGCGGGACAGAAUGCCUGUCUCUGGGCCCCCCGCCGGAUUCGAUCCUGCACAUGCCGCCGCCGCCGCUGCCGGCGUUCCUGGCCAACGCUGCCAACCUGACGCCGCCCUGCCGCGCCUCCAAGUGUCCCCCGCUGCAGAAUAACGAGGACAACGCACUGUUCCCAGGAGUAGAGUACCACGAACUGCCACGGCAUGAGCCGGCCGGCAGUGAUGACACAUGGUUCUUGGUGGUGAUCACGUGCUGCAUCGCAGUACUCUGCAUAGCUGCACUUCUUGCGCUGUUCUUGCUCAAAUGCAGAGAGUAUUUCCUUUAUACCAGGGCUCGAGGAGGCUGCAAAGGGAGCUCUGGGAAAGCAGGCGGCUCCAACGCUCUUUAUGGCGGCGCCGCUCUCGACUCCCGCGUCCUAUGGGCGGCCCUGACCCCACGAGGGACGCGGCACUUCAUCGCGGACACGUACCCGCACGACGAGACCGAGGACCACCACUACGAGUGCGUGGAGCCACCUCUCUACAAGCUGGGCCCUCCCGACGAUCUGGCCAUAACCCGCCACUUUAACGUAGAGUACGAAGACCCUGCGCCCCUGAUCGAGAACUACAGUGAUCGUACUGAAGAGUACUUCAGAAAUGGAAUGGACACUCUACGGAGGACUCGGCCUCUCGUCUCCUCGCCGACGAGGAUCGAACGCCCGAAUCUGCCGCCUCUGAACCUUCAACCGCGUACUCUUCGCAGGGCACCUCACUCCCGGCGAGUGAGCGACGCCAACAAUCCCGAGAAGUCGGCCAUCUGAACCGAGAAUGGCGCGGUCUUUUCCGUCGCCGACUCAACCGAUAUCGAUUACGAUUGGACGUCUCGCGAGAACUCGAACGUCGAUCGUCUCGUUUGAGGACCACUGUCCCCUCGUGAUCCCCGCUCAAAUGUCCACGGAACGCUUGUCUUGACAUUUUAGCUAUAGAUGUAGUUCGUACAUAUCUGUGUCAAGUCAAAUUUACAACGAUACCUUAACUCUCAGUCCAGUACCCUGUAAUGAUAAUUUUAAAAGUUUGUGUCACUAAAAAGAGAGGAAUUAAGGGUAGUCGAAUAUGAAGCAAUAUGAUCUAAGUAGAUAUAUCAUAGGUGGGUACAUACCUACCUGUCGACUGACGUUUUUCGUGGACAAGACUCUUUCAGUAUAGCUUUACAAUGCAUCGUCGUAUAGUACUUAAUCUGAGUCUAAGUUAAAUUGAAAUUUUGUAAAAAAAAUUACGUACCUUGUAUGUAUAAUUCUCCUAGAUUUGUAUCUAGGAAAACAAAUCUCAAUUGUACAAAAAUUUUAAAGAACUUAGGUACCUACUUUUGUGUGAUUACAUUAUUUUAUUAAAUUUAGACUCGGAGUAUUCACAAAUAACAGCAUUUGAAAAUUAGUUUUAUUCAAUAUUAACUUGUAAGCCAAAUUAUUAGUUGUGUAAAUAUCACUUAUUUUAUUUUAUUUAUUUUAUUUUAGUCGCAUUGUGCAAUAUAAUCUAUCUAUCUAGAUCUCAGAUGUAGAAAUAGACCGAACAAAUAUCAAGGUAUCUAAGUCUAGUCUUUAAAUACUUACAAUAUUUUUAAUACGUAAAAAUCCAGUCUAGUCAUUUAAUAUUUUAAUAGAGCCUGUACCUAAAGAAUUCGAUGUCUAUAUUAAACUUAUGCAAGUGUCUAACUAUUGUCUUAACUCUUUUUCUCUUAAAAACUGUAUCCGUAAUAAUAUCAAUGAUUUGAAAAAUAAAUCAUUUUUUGUACCCAUGAAUGAAUAAAUCAGUAUUAAUUUAUUACAGU